AUGAUCACUUCAAAUCCAAAUCCUACAAAAGAUUUGCUUGAGAUUUAUUAUAUCUUUGGCCAACCAUUGGUAGAAUGUGGAAAUGAAUUUAUCCGAUUUUCGGUCAAAACAGUAAGGCCUUUUCGCGGUAAAGUAUUCGUCAAAGGACAACAUGGAAACAGCGAUUGUAAUCGAAAUUAUAGUGAAACUGAUUCUACCAAUACUUUUCAUUCACACGAGACUGCAAACAGUGCAAUACAGAAAAGGAACGAUUCGUUAGAUGAGCCAGCAUUUAUGUCAUCUUCUCAACCACUGGCUAAAAGUAUACAAGGAGCAAGUUUGCUUAGUAAAGCAGAAGAGAGCAAUCCGGAAGCAAUUAGAAUGACUAGUACUAUUCAUGAUUACCGAUUCGUAACGACAAAACCGCACACAUCAAGACACUUUGAUACAGCUUCCACAACACCUCAUUGUCCACCAUGCCCGAUAUGUCGAGAUGAGCUGAAGAUUGAAGAAGGAGAAAAUACCGAUGGCAUUGCUGAUUUGCUUAUUAGAUUUGGCAAUUGUAAUGUUAAAUACGAGCAACAAACAGAGCCUCGAGCAAUGAUUGUAUCAUUAACAGUAAUUGUUAGCUUUCAUCAGAAUUUACUUACUAAAUUAGAUCGAGCAUUUCGUAUUCAAUGUGCAUAUAUGGAAGGUAGUGAAACGAUCGAUACUGAUUUAAGCGUUAGUAUGCCUCCAAGUAUAGAUGUCGAAUCAAAAAUUAAUACACCACAAUGUAUUUAUCAGGUUAAAAGUUCUUCUGGCAAAGUAAUCACGAAUGCUCGGGUUGGUGAACUCAUCGAGCAUAAAUGGAUUUGUCAGAGUCCCUUCAAAGGUGUUCAUGCAAUGCUGGUAAGGAACUGUUAUGCAGAAUCAAAUGACAACUUUAAAGUUUCUGUUAUUGAUGAUAACGGAUGUACAUUGGAUCCUUAUAUUUUACCGAAUCUAGAAUAUGCAUCAGACUUACUGUCAGUGAAAGUACGAGCACCUGUUUUCAAAUUUCCUGAUCGUUCCGAUAUUAGUUUCCGAUGUGAUCCACCAAAAUGCGCUAAUAAUAAACGAAGACGUCGCGAGUUAUCCAAUAUUAGCAGAGAAAGUUUGAUUCUUCGAACACCAAGGAUUAAUAUCAUCGACCUGGAUGAUGAUGAUCAAGGAGUAGGAUCAGAGCAAAUAAUUUUAAAUCCCUCAUUAUCCGGUAAAUCGUUGCGAUACUGCUUAACGGUGACUCAAUUUGCAUGCAUCAUUGCAAGUGCUACAUUUCUAAUUACCACUACAGCGACUCUUGUUGGUGCUUCUAUCAUCAACUCCAGUUCAUAA